AACACCUCUUUUAACAACACCCAUUUUCCAAAUUUCAUUAACAUGGAACCACAGCAACAAUUCCCACUUCAUAAUAAUAAUGACAAUAAUCAUGAACAAAAUGUUACAAUGUUUGAAAACAACCACAUUAAUAACAAUACACCACCACCUGAUUUGUUAAACCUUUUCCAACUACCUAAAUGUUCAUCAACUUCCAUAUCGUUUUCGAACCCGAAUCAAGUAAUGUAUGACCAUUUGCCUCCACCACAACAACCUACAUUCUUUAAAGAGUUGUUGAAUUCGCUUCCUCACGGGUUUAACUUGACGGGUUGUGGGUCGAUUUUCGGUGAUAUGGAGAUGGAAACAUCAGCUGGUCAUGACCAUCAUCAUCUAAAUCAUACAGUUUUGGAAUUUGGUAGUGGAAAAGGAAAUAAUAAUAUUAAUAAUAAUAAAGAUACUAGUACUAAACAUUUUGUUGGUACUGAAAAACAUAGAAGACAACAAUUGAAUGGCAAAUUUGAGGCAUUAAAAAGUUUGGUCCCAAAUCCAUCUAAGACUGAUCGCGCCUCGGUGGUUGGAGACGCGAUUGAUUACAUCAAUGAGCUCAAAAGGACUGUGGAAGAGCUAAAGAUUUUGGUGGAAAGGAAAAGGUGCAGCAGAGGUAGGAUGAAAAAGCACAAAACCGACGAGGACUCAACUUUAGACGUCGAUAGCAUUUACUCAAGGACCAAUGGCGCUGGAAAUGGCAAUGGGGGCGGUGCAGGUGAUACUAGUCAUGAUCAACAGGCUAACUAUAAUGGUAACUCAACUUCUACAAUGAGGACUUCUUGGCUACAAAGGAAAUCGAAACACACAGAAAUCGAUGUUCGUAUUAUUGAUGAUGAAGUUACUAUUAAGUUAGUGCAGCAAAAGAGGGUCAAUUGUUUGUUACUUGUUUCAAAAGUUCUUGAUGAACUUCAACUUGAUUUAAAUCAUGUUGCUGGUGGCCUAAUUGGUGAUUUCUAUAGCUAUCUUUUUAAUACCAAGAUUUCUGAAGGGUCCUCUGUUUAUGCAAGUGCUAUAGCCAAUAAGCUACUUGAAGUGGUGGACAAACAAUAUGCAACUUUCCCAGUCACUUCUAGCUACCAAGUAGAGAAUUAACACAAGAUAUUUAGCAGGGCAGACAAUGAAGAGGGAGGAAUUUUUCAUAGAGUUUGGAAUUUAAACUGACACUUUUUUAGAGUCUUACAACUACACAUGUUUUAGUAGAAAUAAAGUAGCAGGGGUAAUUUGUUUUAGACUUGAAUGAAUCAUUUAAAUAAUUGUGUUGUGACUUUGGAAAUAUAAUGUUGUAGACAAUUUGGGGCUUUUUACA